CGACCGGGCACCUUUUGCAGCAAUGGCGUCCGGUCCGUUCGGUCGGGAAAGUUGGCAACCGAAAGCCGGGCCUAAUCUGAAGUUGGGAUCUUGUUUGCUCCCCUGACGCAUUUAAGACUUCUGCCAUGGCAGCAAAAUCUAUUGUGACUUCAAAGCAGAAGGAGGAGGUGGUGAGGGGAAUCCUAACAGAGGUGGUAUGCACAGCCUUCUCCAACUCCAUUCUUGUGGUGGUGACGCAGUAUGGGAAGAUGGGGACGCUUGUCUCUGUGGACCCCAGCACAGUAGCCAGUGAUAUCAGCAAACCGUCACUCACCACGAAAGUGCUGCUGGGCACGGAUGAGCCUCUCAUCCAUGUUUGUGCUAAAAACCUGGUGACAUUUGUGUCUCAAGAAGCUGGGAACAAACCUGUUCUCCUGGCUAUGGCUUUGAAGGACAAGAGCAUGGAAGGAAUAAAAGCACUGCAGGAGAUGAUCCGAAGUUGCCAAGUGUGGUGAGGCUCUGCUUUCUGGCAGCAAGGAAGGAAGUAACCCACCACUGCUUAUUUAAAAAGACAAAACAUGCCUUUAUGCUGGUUUUGGAUCCUGUUGAGGAUUUCAUGAAUUUUCUCUACCAUGUAGAACAUUAGAAGAUUUGGGUUUGGAAUCCAUGCAGCUAACAGUGAAGUAAAAACAUUUUUCUGAACACAAAAUGAAAAUUCAUUUCCAUCACAUUGCGUGAUGGAUGUAUUUUUGUAAAACCGCAUGUGGGUUUGCAGCAGGGUCUAGAGAAGUGAAUGGCUUCAAGCAAUGUAACAGUGAAAAGCUGUGCUGUAAAGUGUAAAAUCAGAUGCAGAAUGAAUAAAAAUACUAAUUGGAAAAUGCUUAAUAUUACCAGUUUUUCCCCAUGAUAACCAGUUUAAAUUAAAUAUUUGGAGUCAGAAUCAAAUCAGUGGGAAUUAUGCCGUUACAAUAG